CUAUUCCGUUGACCCCCUACUUCAACUGUUUUAAUCAUAAACUAGCAACAAAUUUUUGGUUUAAAAGUUUGCUAAUUGUACUAAAAUAGGACAAAGGUAAAUGGGUUUUGAAAACUCUUUUGUGGAAGGAUCACUCGGGUGUCGCUUCCCCCCUAACUACUACCAUGAUAUGUGAAUUGGAAUGACUGUUUGGGGCAAGGUAUGUCACUCGACCCUCUCGGUUUAGGCAAUCAAUAAUUGACUUACUCCCUCAAUCAACUCAAAGGUCGGACGACUUAAUCACGAUUGACCUAUUUGAUUAAUUCAACACUGAAGGUUGCUCUAAAUUAACCUAGUUAGGUGGCUUAAAAUCUUAAGGAAAACCAACUCGAUUGAGUCUCCCUUGGAAGGGGGAUUUUCCUCUCUAAGAUAGGUUAAGGUGGCUAAUUAGAUUGCUAGCACCAACAUGCAUAAACCUAAGGGUGCUAAGCACAAUUAUGCACAAUCCUUAGGUUGCUAAGCACCAAAAUGCACAAACCUAAGGAUGCUAAGCACAAAACAUGCACAACCCUUAAGUUGCUAAGCACAAGCAUGCACAAUCAAUCAUGAAAAAUACCUCAUCCAUUGAAUUAAACAAUACCCAAUGACAAUCAUUCAAUUCACAUAAAAGAAACUACAUGGUAGAGUUAGGGUUUCACAACACCCAAGUGAAAGGAGAUCUACUCCAUGCUAGAAAUGGGAAAAAAACAAAGAGAAUAAGAGGAAACCAUCUUGGAGGAUGCUCCCAAUCUCCUUGGCCCUUGUGUUGAGAUUUCCUUGGAGGAAAUCUUCCCAAAAUCCACCUUGAAGCAAAACCCUAACCUUCCUCUUCUUUGGUUCGUGUUUCUCUCUCUAGAAAUAUGAAGAAGGAUUUUCACACAAAGAGGGCUCUCCCCUCUCUCCUCCUUUCAGCUCAUCAUUUAAAUCAGAGACAAGCUCAGUUCACGGCCUGAGUUCACGGCCGUGAUCCAGGAAACGUGUCCGUGAACUACAGGCGUGCGCCAAAACGCACCGCUUCGAUCUCUUUUGUUAACGGUCAACAGCCUUUGUUCACGGUCUUAGUGACCGUGAACUCACCUUGCGUCAAUAACCUCCGUUUUGGCUCUAGACGCCUCGCGAUUCACGGCCAAGGGCUCUUCUUCACGGUCGUGCAAGACCGUGAACUUCCUCGGAUAGCUGUGAACCUACCCUUUUUCACCUCUUCUCCCGAUUUUCGAUCCUUUUCAUCCAACUUUCGACUCCGAGGCUGGUUUCACCUGAUAAAACCUGAAACACACUAAAACACGGAGAACCUAGCAUAAAACCAACCCUUUAGGAGUGAAUUUGACACAAACAUCUAUGUAAAAUAGGGGCAAAACAUGUACAAUUGGGCCCGAAUCACUCCCCCACACUUAGACGUUUGCUUGUCCCCAAGCAAACCAUUUCACACAAGGUAAUAUUUCAACCUACACCAAUACUUUGGGGACAGCUCAAAGUGCACAAAGUGGGAAUUAUCAAUGGCUAUUGGCAAUCAAUACAUGAACCGUUGGAAGCAAUACCGACAUCCACCACAAACGACAUUCGAAGCCACCAAAAAAGGGCAAACGAAAAGUUCUCACCUUGUUCGUGGAUCAAUGCAAGUCGCAACAAGACCACUUAUUUACCACAACUGACCAUGCAUGGAAUUCAAGUCCGAGGAACAAAUGGAAAUGCAACAAAGGUCCUCACCAGGGUAUGAUAUGACAUGCAAAGCAAGAAUGAAUCACUCACUCUCAAGACCAAUGGGGUCGGGACCUUUUUGGUGCAAAAGAUGUGCACAAUCAUAACUCUCGGACCUAUCAUCUCAGUACCACGGCGGUAACUUCUAGAUGCUAGAGUUCAUGGGAUGGUUGUCAACACUAGGUCGUCCGGAGGUCUUAGACACGGGUUCAGAUGACUGGCAAUUGUCUUGGACAUGGGAAAAAGGCUUUUUGGGAGGUGGCAAUCAUGACGUGAAGUUCUACAUCUUCAACCUAAACCCGAAGGUUCUAUGGUUUCUACUAAAACUCCUCUUUUCAAUCCAAGACCACUAACAUCGGCCAAAACCCUUAUCUCUCCUUUGCAAACUAUCACCCAUCGUGAACUACAUUGAAGCACUCUUCCUCGGUCUACUCUUGGUAGCACAUAAAGGUUUGGUAGUGAAGGAGUUCUAAAACAAUGUCGGGAUUUCGAUGGCUUGGGUGCCAAGAAACCCCUCCUACAGCAUGUACUUUGGUUUUUCGUGGAACUCUGUACUUUAUUUUCCCCAUUUUAUUACCUCUUUUUCGUUUCUCUUUUCUUUUCUUUUCGAGGGGGGUACUAGAGAGUAAAAACACUUGUCACCUAUACAUUUAACGACCAAUGCUCUCUUUUUGAGGAACUCACUCCAACACUACACUUCAAUUUUCUCAUCCCUAGCAAGGACCGCACACGAACCUCCCAUGUAGAACCUCUAUGGAAACUCAAAGGCGAGAGCUCCGGGACACAAGGACGACUCAUGUUUAGACAAGAAGAAAGGAUUGAGGUCGUUCUAUUAACAACAUUAAGCUCACACGCACUAAGCUCCUAAAUUGAGAACGACACUCGAAGUCACAAGGCUGAAAGGGGUUGACUAAAGGAUGACACAUUUCGGGACAAUCAACAUUUGGGCAUGGACUAAUCCUAUGCCUCCAUCAUACUUACUAGUGACAACUUGUGAUGCUACACACCAUGGUAAGAGGGAACUAUCACACCGGAAGAAAACGAUCGGCUCAAAGCUCACAGGCUACCUAGUUACCCAACCAUAUAUUCCAAUUCACAAACACGAUGCAUGGCAAUCGUAAGCAACAAGUGAUCAAGUCAAGACAUCCAUUCAUUUAUGCACACAUGAGAACUAAACUUUUGCACUAUCCUAAUGAACUUCUCAAUCAUCAUCAUAGGAUAUAAUCGAUCACAUGCAAUAAUUUAAGAUCAAUGCAGUAAACACGAGAAUUUCCCACCAUCCGGCCACUUUGCUCAUGCAAACAUUGCUUGGAUCCCACAAAAUUUUGAAAUUUGUGCAUACAAAAGGCUCCAGGCAUUUAUCACAGUCACACAAGCGUACUAGUAAACUACCCCCCCCCCCCCCCCCCCCCCCCCACACUUAAACUCGACAUUGCCCUCAAUGGCGUAAGAAAGGGGUAGAAUGAUGUUACCGCUUGGGCUUGGUGAGUGAAAGUUGGAAUUGCACCAGGGUAUGAUAAUUCAGCUUCAAGGAGAGACAAAAAAACACACACACACACACACAAAUACAAUACGAACCGCUCGAGGCAAGGUUAUUACAAGCACAAUACAUAGUAGUAGUUUAUGUCACACACUCACACAAAAUGAAGAAAAAUAACAAAAACAAAAUAAAACAAGUUCAGGGUUACAAGUAGAGAAGUGCGGCGAAAGGACUCCGCUCUGCCACAUGUCUCACUCGUCGCCUACCUCUCUCCGGUGGAAGGACCCUCUCCAGAAUCGGGUAGGAUACCUUGGCGUCAAGCCAUAAGAUCGAGGAUGUCGGUCUGCCGGCCGAGGCGGGAUGAGAAUCCCAUGAAGUUCGUCUAUAGGCGAUCCUCCGUCUGAACGAGGGGAUCACCUGCUGGUGGUGGUGGCUGCUGUGCAGGGCGCUGGGCGGUGGCGGCAGGCGGGUGCAUUAGCAGGUGGUUGCUUUGUUGCUGGCGGGACCUUGGGAUCAGGCUCCACUAGAGCCGGUUGAUAGACCAUUAAUUACACAUGUUUUCACCCCUGUUCUUACACCGUUUGAGAUGUGGUUUCUCGUGUUUUAGACUGAUUUCACGCUAGGUUGUGCUUGUUUGUGAUAUUUCAGGUCCUGGCAAGUGAAUGAAGGUUUAGGAGCGAGUUCGGGGUCGAUUGGGCGAAUAUCGGGCGCGAGGCAAGUCACAAAGGAAGUCGCACGGGCACAUCCACAACCUGCACGGCCGUGCAAGUGACCAGUUUGGCCGUGUGGGAUUGUGCGAGAGCAAACACGGGCAGAGCAGAAAAUCCACACGGCCGUGCAAGGUGAGCUGCACGGCCGUGCAAGGUGAGCUGCACGGCCGUGCAAGGUGAGCUUCACGGCCGUGCAAGGUGAGCUGCACGGUCGUGCGACCCUGGCCGUGUAAGAAGCCUGGAAUUCAACUAAUCGAUACGCUGCGUUUUGACUCGCAUGGGCAACUGGGUGAGCUGCACGGCCGUGCGGCCUGCCCGUGUGAGUCGGGAGUUGCUGGUUAAAACCCGAUUUUCAGCCAAAGGAAAGGGGAGAGCUGGGUUUUGGAUCCCAAACACCCAAGAGACGAACCAAAGAGAGAAAGGGCGAUCUGAGGGCAUUCUAAGAGUGGAAUUGGAGGAUUUCUUCGCCUUGGAAGCUCGAGGAACAAGCCCAGACUUGAAGACUGAUCAUCUGAAGAUUCUUACUGCAGUCUCUUUCUUCUCUAUGGAGUAACUUCCCUUCACUAAGGUUUUGAGGAACCCUAGCUAUGUUUGUUUGAUUGGAUGAUUGUAUGAGUACUCUGACUUGAUAAUCUUGAGUUCACAUUCAAUCUAUGCAUGUUUUCAUGAUUCAAUUAUGCUUUAGUCGAGAUUAUUGAUUCUGCUUUGAUCCUAUGAGAGGGAAUACCUGAUUAGGUCAAUAGAGCACCAUAGAUUGAUAGUAGUGGAUCGAUUGCUUUAGUCGAGGGUUGAUUCACUGCUUUGUAUCGAUUGAGAACCUCUUUCGAUAGAGGGAGUCUAGUUCAGAACACCUUGAUAAGUUUUUCUAGAGAAGGAUACAUCCCUCUAGGCAAUUGACUCAAGAGGGCCUUGUUCCUUUAGUCGAGACUCAAGGUCUAGUCAAGGAUUCUCCGCAUUGUGAAUGAAAGUGAAACAAGUUAGAAAUCAUCAAUCAUUAGUCUGGCUAGUGGCUAGGGGGAAUCAUACCUAAGUGAGUUCCCAACCUGUAAUUAGAUUAACUUUAACUGUAGUUUGCUAGAGUAGUUUUAGUUCUUUCAUCUUAAUCUGGUUUGCUAAAUAAUAAACUGAAGCUGAGUAAUAGUAACUCUAGAGACCCGUGGAUUCGAUAUUUAUCACUUGAACCACUAUACUGCAGUCCCUUCCAUUGGUUACACUUGGCCAUUGUUAGGUGUUGUGUCAUAGCGAGUCAAGUUUUUAGCGCCGUUGCCGGGGACUUUUUAGAGUAUUAGGAAAGGCAGAUAGCGUUUUUCUUUUCUUUUCUUUUCCACCCUUGCUUUUCACUUGGGUGUUUUUGUUUUUGUUGGUGCAGAUCUGAAUCAUGGAUCCUCAUGGCUUCUCCAACAAUUGGGGGUAUCCACCACCACCCGAGUGGUAUUACCCCGAGACUCCCUGGAGCAAUCAAGGAGGAGAAGACUAUGGAUUCGGGUUCCAUACCAACCCCCUUACUACGGAGAACAACCGGACCCCUGGGCAUAUCAAGAACAACUUCAUUACCAAGAAGAAUUUCUCCCACAACCAGAAGGGCCAUCGGCGCUGGAGUUACCCAUGGCGGCCUUCACGGGCCAUUCUGCAGAGCCAUGCUACACUCCACAGCCAGAUCCAAACUACGAUUUGAGGCUUCUCAUGGAGAGAUCAUGCUCUAGGAUGGAUCAUUGUGUCCAGGCUUUUCGUGAAACAGAGGAGAUCCUCCUGAGCCUUAAGAAGAGCGUCGAUGAUCUUGAGCGAUCUUGGGCACAACCUGCUCCAGAUCACCCUUCUGCUACCAUACAAGAAGAGGAGGAGGAAGAAGAAGGCUACAAGGACAUUGUAGAGCACACUGAAGUUGUCACGGAGAGCUCCCGUGAUAAUCAUGAUCAGGAGUGUCAUGUCGUAGCCGACCACACCUUCCCACACCCCAAACUGAGCUUUGAAGAGGCGGGCAUGAGUGAGGAGAUGCAAGAAGAUCUCAUAAAAGAAAUUGCUUGGCAACUUGCUCUCCAAUCCGUGCUAGAAGAAGAAGAGCAAGAAAGGGUGCAGAAAGAAGUUGUGGAGGAUGACGAAAGUGAAGCUGGAGGAGUUCUUGAUCAUUUCCCAGGGGUGAUACCACAUGAAGAAGGAAGGGAGGUUGAAGAAGCAAUUGGCGUCCAGGCUGAGGACGAAGUUGAGGUGGAAGAGGCUUGCACCGGCCAUGAGUUACAUGUGAUAUCUCCACCAAACUUCGAGGAACUGCUUAGCAAGGACCCAUUUGUAGUGUCUCUUUGCCAGACCAAGGCCACAUCGACAUCGGUCCCUCUUGGUGGACGCGAUGGUGGCCAAUCGAUGCUGUCUUAUCUGGUUUGGGGCAAUGAGACGAGAGAAGAGAAGAAGAGGUCUCGAGGGUGGAGACUUCAUCUGCAUCAAGUGCACGAGCUUCCAUCACUAGUCAUACCACAUGCUCGUGACUUGCGACUCCACCUCAUUGAUGAGAACCUCAACUUCAAGGAGGUUCUAGCAUGGAUCGAAACUUAGGAGCCAUCGUCCGGCUCACGACGUGAAAGAAGCGCUUGUUGGGAGGCAACCCAACCAGUCUGUUUGCAUUUCUUUCUCUAUUUCUCCUCGGUUGAGUCAGUUUUGCUAUUUGAUUUUAGAGUCAAUAACUCAACCUUUGUGAGAUUUUGUGUGGUGUUUGUGUUCUGAUUACUCUCUCUUUCUGGAAUGCACUGCCUGACCCAUUCAUCAUCAUUUACCCUUGAUCUGGUAACUUCGUUCUAUCCUCCUUAUCUUUCCUCCAUUGAGGACAAUGUCGUGCUUAAGUGUGGGGGGAUGUUCGAUUAUGUAUGCGGGUGAAUGUUUGGCUGUUUGUGUGCUUGGAGCCUAGUCCACUGUCCAAAUAUUUAAAUUUGAGGGCUCCAAGUACGUGUUCCUUGCAAUUUCCUGCUCAGUAUGCUUUGAAUUAACAGUCUUUAUAGUAAUAUGCAACCUAGGGAGGUAGUGUAGCACUAUGGAGGAUGUUGAUGCAUUUAAGAAGUCUCAUUGCUUCUUCAUAUUGUGUUGGUUGAUUGAGUGAAUUAGUGAUCUUAGGACCCUUGAAUUGUGUGGUGUUGUGGACUCUCUACCUGUCAUGGACUCUUGUUUCAUGUUUUGAGUUUAACAGGUGCUCGAAAAUGUGCUUCAAAAUAACGUCUCCCGUGCGAAUAGGGCGAAAGUGUGUAAGGGGAGACGGGAUUCGUUCCCAAUUUCCACCUACUAUCUCCAGCCCCCUUACAUGUCUUUCCCUUGCACGAGGCUCGAGACAUCCGCUCCUGGCAUGGCCGGUAAGAGCAGGUUGGGAUCCUUAAAAAAAAAAAAAAAUAACAGAAAACAAGCAAAACAGAAAGAAAAGGGGUUCCAACCAUCUUCAAGAAGAAAAUAGAGCACCUUGAAAAAU